AACCACCUUCAAAUGUUGACUUCGAUGUCGUCUUUUUCCUUCCUGUUCUGAUUUCAUAUGCUCAGCCAGAACUAGAAGUUCGCAUACAGAGAUUGAAGAAGUUUAUCUUUUUCCUCUUUCUUUUACAGAUAUGGGUUCUUCAACGAGGGGCUUGGAGGUGCUGUUGCUAGGCUUGUGUUUGCUGAUCUUUAAUGCUGGCCAUGGCCAUGGCAGCAAGCUCAGAAUGGGAUCUUAUUUGAAGACCAAUACUCGCAGAAAUCUCUUGGAUAAUGGACUCGGUCGAACUCCACAGAUGGGAUGGAAUAGUUGGAAUCAUUUCCAGUGUAAAAUCGAAGAGAAUCUGAUCAGGGCAACAGCGGACGCAAUGGUGUCAUCGGGGCUUGCUGCCGUAGGAUAUGAAUAUAUAAACAUAGAUGAUUGCUGGGCUGAACUUAAUCGAGACUCUCAGGGAAAUUUGGUUCCUAAAGCUUCAACAUUUCCCUCUGGAAUCAAAGCUCUAGCAGAUUAUGUUCACGCCAAAGGCCUAAAGCUUGGAAUUUACUCUGACGCUGGAAUUCAAACUUGCAGUAAAACUAUGCCUGGAUCAUUAGGGUACGAGGAAAAGGAUGCAAAAACCUUUGCUUCUUGGGGAGUUGACUACUUGAAGUAUGAUAAUUGCCAAAAUGAUGGUACAAGCCCUAAGGAAAGAUACCCGGUAAUGAGUAAGGCAUUGCUGAAUUCUGGAAGACCUAUCUUUUUCUCAUUGUGCGAAUGGGGACAAGAAGAUCCUGCAACUUGGGCACCAGAAAUUGGAAAUAGUUGGAGAACCACCGGAGAUAUUCAGGACAAUUGGGACAGUAUGACAUCUCUAGCGGAUCAAAAUGACAAAUGGGCUUCUUAUGCUGGACCUGGAGGUUGGAAUGACCCUGACAUGCUUGAAGUUGGAAAUGGAGGGAUGACAAUUGAGGAAUAUCGUUCACAUUUUAGCAUUUGGGCUCUUGUCAAGGCUCCUUUGUUGAUUGGGUGUGAUAUUCGAGCAAUGGACAACCAAACUUACCAAAUAUUAAGCAACAAAGAAGUAAUUGCAGUAAAUCAAGACAAACUAGGAGUUCAAGGGAAAAAGGUCAAGAAAGACGGGGAUCUUGAGGUAUGGGCAGGCCCAUUGAGUGGCCAUAAGAUAGCACUUGUAUUAUGGAAUAGAGGUGCUUCUACAGAAAAUAUUACAGCUAAUUGGGCUGAUAUUGGCCUCAAUUCAUCAACCCUGGUUGAUGCUAGAGAUCUAUGGGAGCAUUCAACUAAAUAUUCCGUCAAGGGCCAAUUGACGGCAAUGGUGGAAUCUCAUGCCUGUAAAAUGUAUGUGUUGAGCUCGGAGAAUUGAAGAAGAAGAUGAGGACUACAAAUAUUGGAUAUUUGGAGGACUGGAGCAUAAAAAUAAAGGAAAUACAAAUGUUGUUGAUUUUGCACUUUUGGUUGGUUUAACCAUUGAACUACCACUAAAUAAAAAAAAAAAUGAUUUACAGAAAAAUGUAAAUUUCAUAAAAUACUAUGUUUUAUAAAUUUAUGUUUAAUCAAAUUAGAUUUGCUCGA